AUGUCGAGGGCCAAUGGUCUCGAUGGGGGUGUGAGCUCUCGAGGAGAGACUGUCGUCCGGGAUACAGAACCGAGGAGAGUUAAAGCCUAUGUGUUGGAGAAUAACGAAUGGAAGGACACCGGAACUGGAUUUUGCAUCGGUAAAGUGGACGGGGAAGAUGGGGAAGGCGGCUCGAGGGGAGCGUUUUUGGUGGUUACGAAUGAGGAGGCUUCGCGAGAGGUGCUGCUCCGGUCGCGGUUGGAGGGCAAUAUUGAAUAUCAGAGACAGGAAGAAACGUUGAUUGUUUGGAAGGAUCUGACGGGCAAGGACAUAGCGUUGAGCUUCGAAGAGAGCAUAGGAUGUGAUGCGCUAUGCGAUUUUAUUGUAGAGGUGCAGCGGAACCUGGAGUCAAACAUUUCGUUGGUGGCCGUUAAGUCCAACGAGAGUGGGAUUGGCUCCGUGCAUGAGAUAAUAACGGGUCCUGUGUCUUUGCCUUCCAGCGAUCCCAAGCAGGAUGAGAAGACGCUGAUGAGUGCUUUGAGGAUUCUUAACGAGAAUAUAGCGUUUGAGUUUCUGAAAAAUGAGACCGUUGAGUUCGUGUUGGAGUCGAAUUAUAUUGGCGUUUUGAUAAACCAUUUCCACAAAGCGGAAGCAGAGAAGCUUCCGAGAGAUCUGCUUUUACUAGGUAGUUUGGUCAAGACGCUGAUCCUGUACAAUCAGAGAGAUAUACUGGAGAAAAUGACGGACGAUGAGAAUAUCGUAGGGAUUGUCGGGAUCCUAGAGUACGACACCGACUUUCCAGGCUCCAAGGCAAAUCACAGGAAAUGUUUGGAGGCCUAUAACCCUACUAUCAAGGAAGUAAUACCGAUCCCAAACGAGGAGCUGAAGGAUAUUGUCAAGAAGUGUUUUCGCUUACAGUUUUUGAAAGAUGUUGUCCUUGUACGGUUCUUGGAUGACCACAAUAAUAGUUUCAUUCUCGAGAUUAUCUUAGAUCUGCAAACGUGCAUCAUCGAUUUCAUAAAAGUCGGGCCUUUCCUAGACACUUUAUUCGCACUGUAUGAUGAGAGAGCCGCGGAAGAAGUCGACGAGACCCUUAUUGAGAAACGUAGAGAUGGCAUAAGGUUGUUGCAUCAGUGUGUUCAAACAUCCAAAAACCUAGAUAUGGGAGAUAAAGAGAAUUUUUACCGCACUUUGAUUAAAAAGAAUCUCUUCAAGGUUCUGGACUAUGCAUUUCAUAAGGAAAGAGAAAGCAAUUUGAGGAUUUUGGCCACCGACACAAUCGUAACAAUAAUAGAAUAUGAUAUUCUUCUGAUUUCCAAUGUUCAACGCAAUGAUCGCUCGCUUCAUGAGUUGGACGAGUCUAAUGGAGGGGUUGUACUGGAUAGCAUGAAUGAUGUCGCUCAGGGGAAGACAGAAAGUUUUGAUGUUUCGCUAUUACUAAUAUUGUCGACAAUUCUUCUGACAGACAAAAGCCCCGGCAUGAGAGAACAAGUUAGUCAAGCUCUAAACACGCUACUACACCCUGAAGGCUGUUGCCCGGGAGCGAGCCCGGGAGACGGUCACAAUGGGAACAUGGAUCUUAUGCCAGAUUCGAAUUACGAAACGCAUGUGGGCUGCAAUGGCAGUAUGAUGAAUGGUGACGGUAGCUAUACAGAUUUCCGUAUGACUGAAUGUUUCACAGAAUUCUACAGUCGAGUGGCUCCGAUUCUAUUCAAGCCGCUAAUGGGCGCUAAGGUACAGAGCGUGAACGAUGAGAACCUACUUAUUCAUUUGGUAAAACUGGUAUCUUUCAUUUGUACCGAGCAUAAUCGCCGCAUGUCCAGGGAGUUCAUAUUGGAGAAUCAAAUCUUAGAAUCAGUGAGCCAAUUAAUCGAGCCUUGUCACUCAUUACAGCUAAGGUUGACUGCAGUGAGGUGUUUCAAAAACAUCAUGUGCCUGGACGAUGAGUACUACCACAGGCACAUGAUAUCUAACAAGUUAUACGGACCAAUAUUUUCGUUGCUCCAAGAAAAUUUGAAUAAAGAUAACCUAGCGAACUCUUGUGUGCAAGAUUUUUGCAAGAUUAUAUUGGUGCACUGUUUAGCGACAAGAAUGGAUGUCGACGGACAACAACAAGCAAGCUAUCGGAAAUCAAAUUUUACAUUGUUGAAUAAGCACCUCUUCCAAGACUAUGGGGAAACUAUACAUCGUGCGAAUCACAUCCGUGUUUUCAAUGAACUGAUCGAAUUUUACGAGGAGCAGUCAGCAUUUGAAGACGGGAAAAUAGAUGACAAAGAAGACAUUAGCAUGGAUAGUAAUGGCAACGGGAACUCUCACGUAGCGUUAGAUGAUGAAAAUAAGGCAUUCAAAAGGCUUCGGUCGGAGCCUGAUAUUCUCCCUGAUGAGCAGCACGAAUCGUUUGUCAACAACAAUGUGAAUUUUAAGAAAGUUAUUGAUAAACUGAAUACAGUUGAACCCCCAUCGGCGAUGCUGGGUGAACUAAUGAGAAAAUAG